AUGGAACCAAACUUGAGAACCAUUAGCCACCGAGGAUUUGCGGAGAAGAUUUGCAGGCCCAAUUUAUGUCAAAGUUUACAAACGAAUAGAUUGCCCGCCUCUAAAGGAAGGAGAUCACAUCGUAUAUCAAUGAGUGAGAGAACGGCGCUAAAACUUGCGGCUCGCUUGUCAAAAACGCGUCAUCUCAUUUUGGGUUCCCUCUGCUAUGAAGGUGCAUCUCCACAACGCUGCCUUUCGCUACUAUGUAGGUGCGCUGAUCUGGCCAAAUUGGUCGUGUUUUGGACGAAAGGAUUCUCGCAGGAUUCCCAGGUCGUGGCAGUGCAAGUCGGUGUCACAGCGCUCCCUCUCCAAGCCUUCAAUGUUUACCUCUUCUCCUCGUUCGCUCUUCUCCUACUUGCACCUAAGUAUCCCCAACAUUUUAUCCUUUCCUUCAAACACACAAGAUACAGCAGAGAGGGAGACUGGUUAGGCAUGUCAGUUCCAAAUGUAAGAUACGGGCACAGGAAUCACACAUUCGAGUCGAAUUCAAUCCCACUACUCCAGUCCGACGCGUCCAACACCGGAUUGUCAACCAUCUCAGGGCAAAAGCGGUCAGAGGCAACGAAACAGCCAUUACCGCCGUUCGACAAAGCUUUGGGCACGAAGAAAUGGUGCUUCAUAGGACUAGCCACAAUAUAUGUUCUUUCCCUUGGGCUAAUUAUAUGCGGGACUAUCGCAUUCGUAAUAGCGGGAGAAAGGAUACCAAAACAUUUCUUUGAGAUUCCAGCGGCAUUCCGUCCCGAUGCGACUCCCGUUCUGCUAUAUCCAACUGUAAUUUUCGGAUCGAUGUCUGACAGUGCAAGGGAGAUUACUAUCUUGGCCAUUAAUACUUGUGUCACGGUGUCAACUGAAAUCCUUGGUUACAUUCAUGCGACUUCGCUCCGUUGGGCCCUUUACCACGAAGGACGGCUCCAUAGUAAUUCUAAUCUUCGGCUCUUUACAUCCUGCCGGCAGUGCCGACCAAACAGCUGGUAUGUAAACGUUGUUUGGGGCCUUCUCCUCACAGUCUCCUACAGUUGCGCCUCGCAGAUUAUUGUUGGUGCAGACGACAUUCUCAGCCCGGGGGAUGUCGGAUUUAAUAGUACGGCGAUAGUGAUCCUUGGCGCUUGUCUCCUCUUUCUUUGUAUCCUGUCCACCUGGUCUUUGUUUCCUUCUUAUGAUCGGAAAAUCCUCUCCUGGAGUUCUGAUCCAUUGAAUACAACUCUGGCAUUGCUGCAUGACACAUGGCAACGGCCUGAAUUACACCCUGCUCGUCUCCCCAGGGCCGUUCAACCCCAAGUCACCUAUGUAUACUCCAGGCUGAAAAUAGUGGUGGCCUACCUCUGGUUUCUCGUCCCCUUAAUCGGCACAGGUGGCGGCGCUAUCCUAAGGAUCCAAAAUCAACAGCUAGAUAAGAGCUUCAUAGCCGAUUCGUACGGCUCAAUUCCCACGUCCCUGCUCCCACCCUGUAGUGUAGUUGGAUAUUGUAUAGGUUGGCACAACUCUGCACCAGCAGUAAAUAUCCUGUUUCUGGCCGCUGUACAGAUUCUCUAUACGCUAGCAAUCCAUUCCGCCGAGCAGCUUGUCAACCUACAUCGGGACGAGGCAGUUUGGCGUUGCGCGUCAUCCAACCGAGCCACACACGGCACUAUCAUUGCUAAAGAAUCGACUAAGGCGGCUUUCACUUCAUGGCAAACAGCGUUCCUGCUCGUCAUGAAACCAGUCAGCCAUUGGCUAUUUGGUCUUUGUAUCGUUGUCAACGGCCAGCACCUAAUCGCGUUCCACCCCAUGCCGCUCUUCACUCUUGCGGGUGUAGCAAUCCUGUUGGCAGCUUUUGGAACGUUUUUGGCGUCCCAUAAGCAAAAGGGACCACAGCCGGCUACAUAUGGAGACCUGAUGCUCCUAGCGGAGUUAGUGGAUGAUUGGGGUGAUGGUGCUGGAGGGAGACUCUUCUGGGGCGACAAAGGGAUUGAUACCUCUUCAGGCGGGAAAAUCAGACUUGCAGGGACUUCUUCAUGCAAAGGUGAUGUUACAGAGAUUAUUAAGGACGGGAGGGACUACGAUCUGGACUCAAGUCUACCUUUUCAAGGCUCAUUAGGAGAUGCAUGGAUGAAUGAGCCGAUUAAGGACCUCGAUUAUGUUUUCAGUCAAGUCACUGUCACGAUAUAUCUCGCGCUCCUUCCAUUAAUCCAAAGUUUCACCAUAUCCCUCAUAGAAUUUCUCUCCGGCAAGAGCAAACUUCGAAACAGCGGCAAAGGAGAUGAUAUCCGGAAACUAAAAUGGAGCUAUGUCUCCAAAGACAUGUCUAGCACUGCUGACUCCCAUUCACUACAUGGGUCGGCAACCCGAUUAUCAACAUCAACACCCGCGAAGAGAAUUCCUAGGAUUGAAACCAACGACCUUCACCACCCAGGUUACCCUUCCUUCCAAUACAUACCACUAACUGUAAACUUCCCAUUGUCAUCAUUCCACUUCACCGUAGCCCCGCCCCCAGCGACUCACAUCAUACUCGAGCACCCCACUCUGAAACUCAUCAACCCUGAACUUAAAUAUGGUAUUGAGCGUGGAGAUUUUGAAGACCUGGUAGGAAGUUUCGCGGGAGGGGACGAGGCUUUCGUAGAUGUAGCGCGCGGCGUCGGAGUUGUCAAGUUGGUUUGUACUACAGUUGAUGGAUGUUCUUACAAUCAUGAAUUUCUGAACCCCCGAAUCUAUCAACGCCUGUACCUUCCGUUCUCCCCGAGAGGUGCAGCUGUUCAUGUCGAACCUCGUACUUGUCCAGCAUUCGCGCUUUCCUGUUCUGUUUGGGGAAGGAUAAACAAUGAGUUCUGGCUUUGUCAUAGUAUGCAGAGGUGGCAGUGGGAGUACUCGUCGUGGUGCAAGAUGUUCUCAGGCCAGAUUUCUGAAUACGUUUUAUUGCUGCCACCAGAACGGGGACUUAGUUUACACGUCGCGGAACGGCAUUUUCUUGGUCAUUAUGCCAGAAUUAUGGUCGGCCUGCGAGACUAUGUGGCAUUUUGUAUGUGGAAGAUUCAGUUAUUCAACGAAUUUCAUGGUGUCAUUUUUUCUUAA